GUUCUCACAAAGCAAGCAGUUAAACUGCUGCGCUAACGUGUGAGUUUUCUACCAGCAGACGAGCAGCAGUUGUAUGGUGCGAGCUUCUCUUACUGUUCAUUAGUGUUUGGCGAGAAUGGGAGGUGGUCCCUCAAAAACAAAUGCAGUUACCCCAAAACAUAUCCCCACUACUGUCACUGUACCUACCACUGUAUAUACGUCUGCGGCUGGCUUAAAAGCUUCAGAAGUCAACUGCUGGAUUGAUAACCAUGAAAUACUCUACAUAUUGCUAGCCUUUAUCUGUGGCAUCCUGUCAACUGCUGUGGUUUUUGCAAUCAUCUGCCUCUUCAGAAAAAAGUGUAAGAGAUCCCACCAAAAUUUACAAGAGCAAGUUCCCUCCCAGACAGUGACUGAGGAAUCUGCUAAGAACAUCCAGAAUGAGGUUGCCUACAGCACUGUGGUCUUCCAGCGGACUCGGACACCAGUGGCUGUGUGAUGAUGAAAUUGUUAGUGAAAUGAAGACGCUUGCACUUUCUGAACAUCAAAUGCUACCAGAAGUUAUAUCAAGGCAUAUAGCGCUCUGAGAAAUGCCAGCACUGCCGUAUGUAAUGUCAGCUUGUUUAGCAGUUUUAAGGGGAAACUAAUGUCUCCUGUAACAAACUGCCUGCCGAUGGCUGUGGACAAAUUGCUUUUUAUACUGUAUUUCCUCAUCUGUAGAGAUCUCAGUGAGUCCGUACAAUGCACUUGUAAAGUUUGCAUUUGUGUGUUUGCUAUUGCUUUGAAGUACCAAAGAGAAUUGAAAAAUGGAAAUGUUUCUCUGUAUUUAUUCAUGUCCGUGGCCUUGUUUCCCUCUUCUGUCACUGACCAUAGUGUUUUUCUUGGUUUUUUUUGAUUGCCAAGUGCUCUGAUUAGUUAUUUGCUGCUUAUUGAAGUUGUGAUAAUGAAAUGUUUGUAUGCAAAUGUUUGCUUCCUGAUUGGGCCACAUAAAAGAAAUGCA